AUGUCGGACGGAGAAGAGACCGCUUCCAACCCGCCUGUCGGUGCCGCCGAUGAGGUCGAGGUUUCCGCCGACACCACUGCUGGCAGCUCCAUGUCCGUUCUAGACGCUCUCAAGGGCGUUCUCAAGAUAGCUCUGAUCCACGACGGCCUUGCCCGUGGUUUGCGCGAAGCCUCCAAGGCUCUCGAUCGCCGCCAAGCGCACAUGUGCGUGCUCAACGAGGGCUGCGAGGAAGACGCUUAUAAGAAGCUCGUCAUUGCGCUUUGCUCAGAGCACAAGAUCCCCCUCAUCAAGGUUCCCGAUGGGAAGAUGCUGGGCGAGUGGGUUGGACUCUGCGUUCUUGACCGCGAAGGCAACCCCCGCAAGGUUGUUAACUGCUCGUGCGUUGUCCUCCGUGACUGGGGUGAAGAGUCCCAGGAGCGCUCCGUCCUACUCAACUACUUCCAGACCGAGCAAUAG